AUGGGUGCUGGCCUUGAGCCUUUGCCUUCGGCACCCCUUCCCGGGUGUGCCACGCCAGCAGCUGCGCCACCGCUGGCGCUCGCAGCAGCGCAGGAUGAUUUGCUCCGAAAGCUGGAGCAGAUCGAUUUGGCCAAGGGUUUGACGCAACAGGCGGCCAGGCGAGCUCGGCUCCAGGCCGCCCUCUUGCUGGAACUGCUGCAGCUUCCUGAGCUAGCUCGGGCUGUGGGGCUUGCAGCCGGCCUAAGGGCUGCACAGCGAUUCGCCGGCGUUGCCCGCAGCCACGGAAGCAGCAUGCGGCAGAUGCUCCCACGACUCUGCGAAGAUGUGCAGCCUCAGUUGUUCGUGGUAGGUGGUUGCGUGGCAGGGACGGAGCUUGCGUGCUUGCAGCAUUACGACCCGCAGCAUAAUGUUUGGGAUGUCCGACAAGCAAUGCCUACGGAGAGGCGCUGGUGCAGUGGCGCUCACUGCAUGGGGAAAAUUUAUGUUGUUGGCGGGCAGCAAGAUGGCCACGUGCUAGCGACCGUUGAGCGGUACGAUGUUGAGAUGGACGUGUGGGAGGCGGUCCCCGACAUGCCUACGGCUCGGGAAGCAUGUGCAGUUGCCACGUGCGGCUCAUGCUUGUACGUCUGUGGUGGCUGUCAACAUGACGAGGCCUUAGCAGUCACUGAAUGCCUAAAUAUCGACACCGCGACGAUGUGGUGGGAAUGUGUAGCGGAAAUGCCAUGUGGCCGAGACGCCUGUGCUGCGGCCUCGCUGACCGGUCGAGUGUUCGUGGUCGGCGGACGGUGUCAGGAUUUCUUAUCUUCUGCCGACAUGCUACAAGUGCAGUCCAACCGCUGGUUGCCACUUCCGCCUAUGCCUACGCCACGACUGGGUUGCUCUGCGGCGGCUGUUGGCAAGCAUCUCUUUGUGUUUGGUGGCCAUGCGGGCAGGGGGAGGGCACUUGCUGCAGUCGAGAGGCUUGACACGUCUGCUUUUGUGUGGGAAGCUGUUGCCGAGAUGCCUACCCCUAGGCUUGGCUGUGUUAGUCUAUGCCACAGACCAUCGGCAUCCACUCAGUGCAUAUGUGUUUUUGGCGGCCAUAAUGGCCAAGGAGCCAUAGCAGCUGCAGAAUGCAUGGAUGUGGCAGAGAAUGGGGAUGUCUUGGGUUGGAGGCCUCUACCGUGCCUACCAACACCAACCUAUGCCUGCGCUGGAGGCGUCUCACGCUGCUAG